AUGUCUGACACCGGACGCAAGCCCUUGACCGAUCAGGUCCAACAGAAAAUCACUCCUGACUCCCAGAAGUCCACCUUCGACCAGGCCAAAGACUCUGCCACUGGCACUGCAGACAGUGUUGCAGGACUGGUGCAGCCAGGAGAUAGCAAGUCUACCACCCAGAAACUCUCUGACGAGACCCGUUCCAACGUCAACACCGGCGGCGACAAAUUGUCCUCGGCUACGCAAAACAUCCAGGACACCGCCUCUAACUACACCCAAAAGGCUAGUGCGAAUACCGGGGAAGCACAAGAGACAGGCAAGGGUUACCUGCAACAGGCACAAGGCACUGCAUCCGACUACACCCAAAAGGCACAAGAGACUGCGUCGGACGCUACUCAGAAGGCACAAGGCACCGCAUCCGACUACACCCAGAAGGCGCAAGAGACUGCAGCGGACGUGACUCAGAAAGCACAAGAUACCGCAUCCGACGUCUCGCAGCAGGCUAGUGCCAAUGCCGGUGCAGCACAAGAAGCCGGCAAAGGAUAUUUGCAACAGGCCCAAGAUAUCGCUGCUAGUGCCUUGAACAGUGCUAGUAAGACUGCAGCAGACCUUGCCAACACCAUCUCGGGUGAAAAGAAAUAG